CCUUCCCUACUCUAAAACUGCUUUUCGCAAAAUGCGACUCUCCCAAAUGUCUUUUAUUCCCUAGUAAACGUAUGAAAGCGAUAAUUUACAGUACGUGUGACGUACAGCCGAGUAUGGCGGUCACUCGCAGUCAGUCGCAGUCGGCGCCGCAACCACACGCGUGCUGGUGUUGCCCUAACGAGACAAUUAUAAGCACGAUCGCGCGCGAAACUGUCACAUUCUCUCAAUGACUUAAUUCUAUUGUUCGGUGAUAAUAAUCGUAAACACAUAAUAUACACAAACAAUCAUUGUCAUAUAGACAAGUGCUUCUGAAGAAACAAUUCUCCAAAUAUCAUAAUAAAUUUUGUUGACGUUAAAAUAAAGAAUGUUGGUCAAGGAGCGUUUAAUAAAGUGGAAAACAUCGGCGAUAAGAUAAAGCUAUAAUACCUCGACAAUAAAUGUUAUCGCGACUCGCGCUAGGGUGCAGUUCGAGAAGAGCACAGUGCAAAAAUUGUGUCCUUCCUUUCUAUUCAAGUGGCAGAGACGAUGCUGCAAUCUAGUCGUCUGCGCACACGUAACAUUUGUUGACGCAUAUGAAAAUUCGAAAACAGUGCCGCUACACCGUUUGUUUAUUUUCUACGAAUAAGUGCAACACUAGCUGCCGGUAAACAGUGUCAUUCAUCAUGGGGCAACGCUCGGAAGUGGCUACACCUGACAAUAGUGAUGAGGAGAGCGGAGAGGCCUUCACCGAUGGAGACUUUGGUGACUCCGAAGAAGAAACGAUCGUAGAGCGCCAUGCUGAUGCUAAGCCUGCACACAUGCCGAUCAACGAAACAGUGAAUGACGAUGUUCAGGACAAUGCCGCUACUAAUGGGCACACUAAUGGUGGCGUCGAUGAGCAGCUCCGAAUGAAUGGUCGUAAAAACAGUGAAGCUCACUCAAGUGAUGUGGACAGCCAAAGCCUAGUGUUAUCAGAUUUGCGCAGAGAUUCUCACGGCGAACAAAAUCCUUCAAUCGUGGGCAUUCUCGGCGAUCAGCAGAACCAUGCGGAACAAAGGUUGGCAGCGCGGCGGGCGGCGCGGGCGGAGGCGCGCGAGAUACGCAUGCGCGAGCUGGAGCGCCAGCAGCGCGAACAGGAGGACCAUGCUGACAAAGCAUAUGAUAUGUAUGCCGGCAAGACACCAGAGUCAGUGGGUCGCCGCGGUGGCACGCGACUGGCGUCCCUCAGCCCGGCCGUGCACUCGCCUCGCCGCAGCUCCGAAGACUCCAUGGAUGACGCGUUCAGCGUCAAAGAUCUUAGGCACGAGUUGAAGGAGGUGGAGGAGAAGUUCCGCAAGGCGAUGAUCCUGAACGCGCAGCUGGACAACGACAAGGCGGCGCUCGGCUACCAGCUCGAGCUGCUCAAGGACAGGAUAGAGGAGCUGCACGAGGAGUACGCGCAGCUACAGCGAGAGCACAGAGAGAAAUGCUCAUCAUUCGAGCGUUUGAAGCGGGAGCACGAGUCAGUGACUCGCGAGCUGAGCGCGGCGCGGGACGCGGUGCGGGCGCGGGACGCGGCGGCCGCGGCCGCGGGCUUCGCCUUCGUGGACGCCGCGUCGCUGGACGCCGCCGCCCGGGACGCCGCGGGCGCCGCCCCCGCCGGGGCCGCCGUGGGCGCCGUGCCCGCGCUGGCGCUGCUCACACAGGCCGCGCAUCAACUCCUCGACACCGCCGGCGAGGGCACGCUCGACGUACGGUUGCAGAAGCUGCUGAGCUCUAAGCAGGCGCUGGAGUCCGAGGUUCGCAAACUGAAGCUACAGCUGAACGAGGAGCGUGCCGCCAGGCAGAAUGGUGUCACCAACCACCACGACCAGGAGUACGAGAAUGAACUGGAGACAGUGCGCAAGGCGGUGUCGGAGGCGAAGGGGCGCGCGGCGCGGGCGGAGGCCGAGGCGGCGCUGCAGGCCGCCCAUGUCGCGCGGCUCGAGGCGCAGCUGGCGCGGCUGCGGGCAAGGCAGGACCACCAGGACGAACACGAGGAACAACUCAAGCAGGAGCGCCGCAAGCUGCAGCGAGAGGCUCGAGAAGCGCUCAACCGGGUUGAGGAGUUGGAGACUGAGAACAGCCACCUGACGAAGCGACUCGACAAACUCAAGAACGCGAAGUCUGCUCUGCUGAAAGACCUGUGACAGGACUGCAGUCGGUGCGAGGACGGAAACUGCGCGAAUGACGCAGGGACGACACGCUGCCAUGUAUGCACGUACAAGAAUAUCAAGCUGACUGAAGAAUUGAAGAUGAAAAAGAACUAUUUGUAAAUGUAACUAACUACAUCUACAAAACUGCUUUAUCUUAUGAGCAAUUGAAAAGUUAACAUAACACAGAGGGUCUGUUUCAUAAUGUAUGAUUAAUUUUUUAUGGAAUAAACGUCAAAUUGUCCCAACAGAAUCUUUUUCAAUCAUUGUUAGACAGGCUCUAAGUAAUUAACAUUAUCAACAUAAUAAUUUGAAUUUUUUAUUAAUUCUAAUAAUAUUUAACAUGAUCAUUUCAACCUGUAUUAUGUUGAUCACGAAUUAAUUUGCUACGAGUCCACAUGCAGUACAUUUUUAUUCAAACAUGUCUAAAAAUGUACUGUGCGAGGAUUAUUAAGUUAAUAAUGAAUGUAGUGACGUGAUUUGUGGCGUGUAUGUGAAUGUGUGUGAACUGUGAAGGAAUACACGAUGUUUUUAUAAAUAUUCUGUUAUGAAAACAUCGCGGAUUAAUCAGAGUGCUGGCAUUUCUACUGGAGAUGUAGCCAUAAGUCAUUUAGAUGUAAGCUCGGCGUAGCUUACGUCGCGUGUAAUAUACUUAUCAAUAUUCUGUUCGCUCAGACGUGACAACCCUGUAGGCUCUGUUAUAGACUCCUGCAUCUACGUGCAUUUCGGAUAGUUAGCUAAUUAUGUAAGAUAAUGUGACUGAAUGCAGGCGUUGUCUCGUCGGAACCAACAGCUGUGGCUGCGUACAACAUGUUCGUGAACUUGUAAGCGACACACGACCAACAGAUAUCAACAGCACUGCACGAAGAUGUUGUACACAGACAACAUAAAUAAUAAUUUGGUUGUAUUACGUAUAACCAACAUAUAACUAUUGUAAAUCGCUUUCAUAAUACAAUAUUCCCUGUAAUAUAUGAGAUAAUAAUGUGUAUAAUUAAUGUUUUGUUUAAUUUUAAUGAAUAAUUAUUUAUUUUAACUAUGUUCGUAUUUUCUGUAUAAAUAUGUAAGUUUUAUUUAGCUUGCCGAAUUCAUUCGCUUUGUUACUAAUAAUAUAAUUGGAGUGAUCGAUUUGUUACUUGCCAUUGGUAUCACAAAGUCAAGUUAAGUUUUGAAGCAACACUAUAUUAUACAUCGCUCUCGUCGUUGACGCGAUUUUAAUUAUUUGUAAUGCGUUUAUCUGUAAUAUAAUUGCUCAAAAUUGUAUCCCAUGAACUAUGUGAUAGUCUAUUGAGAAGGUAAAACGUCCAAUAGGAUUAGGGACUCGAAGGCAGGAGUUUUCGUGGGACUGACCAUUGUAUUGUAUUUUUUUAUAUUUCGAGAUUUUUAAUUCACAAUUCUACAAAGUUACCAUGCUGUUUUACUGAUGACAUUGUAAAUUAUUUUAUCUUGUUAUUGUGACAUUCUGUUUGUGAACAUUUCGAUUAGAUCUCGAAGUAGGAGUGUAGCGGGAGUAAACUGAGUAAACAGUAGUUAUGUAUCUAACGAUGUACAGGAGAUUAUCGAACUUGUCGCUUAUAUAUAAAUAUAGUUGUUAGUGAUGCUCACUUUAACGUACAGUGCCAUGGCGCACCAAAAUGUAUUAGUAAUACAAUCAGAAGUAUGUGUAUUGUAGUUACGAGUAGUAAUGAAUUGGAGAUGCGGGUAGCGGUAGAGAUGCGCGCUUGUCAGAUGUUUAUGUACAACGUAUGCCUGUAACAUGUAUGUAUAUCUGUAGAUUUUAUAUUAAACUGUUACUCUUGCAGCGUUUGGUUACAACUCUAUAGUCAAUGUAAUAUGAACACGCGGGACUUUUGAGUCACAGGAGUUGGCGCUGUGUAAAUUGUCGUCACUAGAUUAGUUGACUGCGGCCAGAUAAGACCACCUCGACACCACCGACUUAUCACUCUGGUUGCAGUCAGCUGACUAUUUGUGGCCACAGUCUGAUUUCAGCCCGAUGUACCGUGUGUUUCAUAGAUAACAUAUUUACAGUUUUUGUACCGUGCGUGUCGACGGACGAUAUGCCUUCGCAAAUUAAUGUUUUUCACCUAGUGGUGCAACUAGAUCUGCCGAUUGUGGUACAUUCAACAGAUGUAGUUGCACCCUAACAAACAAGAACCUAAUGUAUCGUCUACUCAGACGCAGCGGAUGUCUGACGGGCCAGACAGUCAGUGUUUCUUCGGCCUGCGUAGUAAAGAUCAAUGUCAGUAUAAUUUGUAAGUAGGAACGUAAUUUUUUUAAGUACGAUGUAUGUAUUUUGGUGCUGCAUUACUAAUUUAUUUGUUUUCAAUUUAACUAUGAAUGACCAACUGUCUUUUUAUAUGAAGCGAAAACAGACUUAAUAUUGUAUAAAUUUGAAUAUUUUAAAUAAAUUUCGCUCUGAA